AUGUCACGAAGGCAAAGCGUCGUUCGGAAGAAAUACGCGAAUGUGCUCUCCAUGGCUGUUGUUCAGGGAAUGAAGAGCAUGGUUGUGGGGAAUAUGAAAAGCUUACUGACAAGGGAAUGCUUUUUACUCGAAGUGGCCAUUCAAAACAAGAUGUAUACCAUAGUAACAAGUUGGGUAUGGAAAACUCGUAUCUAUCUUCCAUAUCUGCGAAACGGUUCCCUGAAAGAAGAUAUGGGCACUUUCCAUGAGGCCACCUACAGUAUAGAGUACUUGGCAACUGACCAAGGAGCAAAGUGA